GGAGCUGCUAGAGGCGUCUUUUGCUAUUCUUCCUGAAGAUGGACCCCCAACAAAGGGGCAAAAAGAUAGCUCAUUUGGUGCUGCUGCUGGUGCUGCUGCUGCUGCUGCUGCUGGUCGCUCCAGACUGACCGAAAAAGAAAGAGCACAGAUGCAGUAUGCAGCAUUCUCAGAUGAGGAGAAGCUGCAGCUAAUAGAGGAGAAGCUGCAGCAGCUGACGCAGCAAAUCGAAAGAGAUGUACAGCUAAGGGGGGCCCCCAAGGAUUUGCUGCUGGUGCAGCUGAGAGACCACCUUGAAGCAGCAAAGCAAGCCUACCUUGAAGGGAAGUAUAUCGAGGAAACGAAGAAGAGGCUGCAGCAGCAGCAGGAGCAGCAGCAACAAGAACAACAGCAAGAGGAGCAGCAGCAAGGAGAGGCCUCAGAGAACGGCGAGAGAUAA